CUUCAGAAAAGCAGCUGACUGCAGCAAACUGCCUGGGGGUUCUGGCCAUGGCCGAGGCCAUGUGCUGCACGGAGCUCCACAACAUGGCCAAGGCCUUCGCCCUGCAGAACUUCCCCGAUGUGGCGGGACAAGACGAGAUCCUCAGCAUCUCCAAAGAAGACCUGAUUAACUACCUGUCCAAUGACAGCCUGAACACCAAGGCCGAGGAGCUGGUUUAUGAGACUGUCAUCAAGUGGAUCAAGAAGGACCCAGUCAGUAGAGUACAGCACAUAUCCGAGUUGCUGGCCGUCGUUAGACUUCCAUUCAUUCACCCCAGUUACCUGCUGAACGUGGUGGACAAUGAGGAGCUGAUUAAAUCGUCUGAGGCUUGCCGAGAUCUGGUCAACGAGGCCAAGCGCUACCACAUGCUGCCUCACGCGCGGCAAGAGAUGCAGACGCCCAGGACGCGGCCGAGACUCUCUGCAGGUGUAGCAGAGGUGAUCGUGUUGGUGGGAGGAAGGCAGGCGAUCGGUAUGAACCAGCGCUCUCUGACGGCCGUCACCUGCUUCAACCCGCAGAACAGCAAAUGGUAUCCUCUAGCCAGCCUCCCGUUCUACGACCGCGAAUUCUUCAGCGUCAUCUCCGCCGGGGACAAUAUUUACCUGUCAGGUGGUACGGAGUCAGGGGUGACAGUGGCAGAUGUGUGGUGCUACAUGUCACUUCUGGACAACUGGAACCUGGUGUCCCGGAUGACCGUCUCUCGCUGCAGGCACAACAGCUUGGUGUACGAUGGGAAACUCUACACUAUCGGAGGACUCGGGGUGGCUGGAAACUUGGACCAUGUGGAAAGGUACGACACCAUCACGAAUCAGUGGGAGACGGUCUCUCCGCUGCCCAAGCCCGUUCAUUCGGCGGCUGCCACCGUGUGCGGCGGGAAGAUCUACGUGUUUGGUGGUGUGAAUGAAGCUGGACGCUCGGCUGGUGUUUUACAGUCUUACGUCCCUCAGACCAACACCUGGAGCUUUAUAGAGUCCCCCAUGAUCGAUAACAAGUACGCUCCUGCCGUGAGCCUCAAUGGUUUUAUCUUCAUCCUGGGAGGAGCCUACGCCCGAGCCACCACUAUCUACGACCCAGACAAGGGCAACAUCAAAGCCGGCCCCAACAUGAAUCACUCCAGGCAGUUCUGCAGUGCGGCGAUCCUAGACGGCAAGAUCUAUGCAACGGGAGGGAUCGUGAGCAGCGAGGGACCGGCGCUGGGCAACAUGGAGACCUUCGACCCUUGCACGAACACGUGGACGCUGCUGCAGAAUCUGCCGUGUCCGCUUUUCAGACACGGAUGCGUGGUUAUAAAGAAGUACAUUCAGAGCGGCUGACGAUGUGCUCGACUCUGGACUUCUCUAAUGUCACGAACUGGCCUAAACCAGCCCAUCGAGCUCCAACCAGCCAACCUGGGUGGAACACGGUCGGACCGUUGCAGUUAGCAAGGGAUCCGUAGCGUAGCUCCCCCUCAGGUGUCGUGCCACUGGAACUGUAUUCUAGGGACUUCCGCAAGAAGCCAAAGGAAGACGAUGCUAGUCAUGUAGCCCUCCAGCGAGGGUCAGCGCUACAGAGAGCCGGGAUUGAAUGAAGGCCCUCCUGAACUCCAAAGCACAAAAAUACCAGAACCUGUGAUGCCCAGAGGAGUUUCAUUUCAUUUUGUUCUGUGUAAAUCAUUCCACCUUUUCUUUGUGGGUUUUAUCCUCGUGUUUUAUUCCAAUCAACGACCCUGCAGCUGUGGCAGAAUACAGAUGGAGCAAGAUGGAAGGAGAAACUUUGUAUUAUAGGGAAGAUAUGUAUAUUUUAAAAACUAAUGAAAAUUGUGUAUAAAUGUUUUUAGAAAAAAAAAAUCAAUGGAUUUGACAAUGUCUGUAAAUCUGUACCCUACUGGAACAAUUUACGUUAUUAAUGCUGAAUUACAUAUCCAGAAUUCUAAAGCAACAAGUUGACUGUUUAUUUACAUUUCACGCUUUUGCAUGACGUUCCCACAACUUAUGACCAAGUUGUCAUUUUUGGCUAACCUGUAAGGAUUUUUACUUAUGAAGUGCAAUUUUGUUCUGAGUAAAUGUCUAUUUAAUUAAAGUUAGUUCUGUAUUUUCCAUAACAUUAAAAAAAAUU